AGAGCAAUGCAAAAUACGUUGAAGCGGAGAAGUAGAAGUUGAGUUUGAAACCGCGGAUAAGUUUCAAACUUUCGUCCAUUAAGUAAUUUUCGUUUGUAAUCAGUAUCAAUUCGUUAAAUCCUAGUGAAAUCAGUGAAAGUUACUAAAAUUAAUAUGUUGUCAAAGGUGUAAGGUUAUAUCUUGGGAACUGUCGUCGCCUUGUUGUUGUGAAAAGAAUUGCUGAGUGGAUUCCAUCUCUCUUAUCUGGUUCAGACACAUCAUCAAAGUUUUCUGUUGCCCAAGAGAAGAGUUCAUUGAAGAACCAUAUGAUUAAUUGAGCUGCAGCAGGGCAAGAGUAUGGAUAAAAGUGCCACUUCAAGUCGAGGAGUAAGACAAAGUCUCAGCAGAAUUGACGAAGAAUCAGUGUGGGAGAGAUCAAUCAAUUCAUCUGGUUCGGAAGAGUUAGAGAGCUUCAGUCCUGAACCUGAGAAGACACCAGAAAAAGCAAAACAGAAAAUCCAGAGCCUUGAAGAGGUAGUCACUAAUGUCCAGUUAGAUUAUGAGACACUGAAAGAGUAUACUGUUUUGGAACGACAGGUUUUAAAUUCUGAGAAAUUAGCUGAUCUUUCACUAACCCAACCAGAUAUCUUAGCAAGCCUUUUUAAUCGCUCCUUAGCCAUGGACCAAAGUUGCAAGAGCUUCACUGCUCUGGAUACAGAUCCUGACGAGUGCACGUUAAGUCAAAGUAAUGCUGGUGAUUCUUCAGUGAAUAUUGAUUUUUGUCAAGAAGAGUUACAGAUAGUCGUGAAAAAUCUUAAAGUGGAGAAUGAAAAAUUAAAAACCGCUCUUGAAGAAAGGGAGAAAGCCUUAUUAAAUGAAAAAUUGCCCAGCACUGAAACAUCAGCUGUUGCCGAUCUACAGCUCCAAAUUGAAAAUCUAUCUCAACAGAACAAAGAAUACAAGGACCGUAUUGAAUCCUUGAUUCAGCUGAAACAAAACUGUACGGAUAAAAACUUGAAAGUUGAUGACCUGCUCCGUCAAAUCGAGCAGCUAAAAGAUGAAAAUGUUCGUCUGCGGCAAGAAGUGGAAUCUCAUCAACAGCUGGAAGAUUCAUCGGAGGAUUCCUCCAGUGAGGAGAAUUUCCGAGUACACCAGUUGCUAGAACGUCAAAAAAAUCUACAAAACCAAAGAGACACUCUAAAAAACGCAGAGGCAAGUCUGAAAGCAGAACUCGAAGCUGCCAAACAACAGAUUGAAGAACAGGACGCCACAUUGCAAAGGAUGAAAGUAGAGUUUCAGCUCCCAGAAAACUCAGAUGUUCUCAGCUCUUUACGAGAGUAUGUCAUUGGCUUGAGUAACUCAGGUAGCCGCGCUGAAAACAUUCCUUACAAAGUUGAAUUGCCUGAUGAAACACUGUCUUUGCUCAAGAGCCAAAUCGAAGACCUGACUCAGCAGCUGGAAGAUGCUAAGAAAUUAACUGUAGCACCUGCAAACCCCAAAUUGUUAACGAUUGGCUCUGAUAUGUCAAACAGUUUCGACGAUCGUUCUAUAGAAAAUCUUUUGGCUGAAAUUCAAUCAUAUAAUUCUGAAAUUGAGGGGCUAAAGUCAAACAUCCAAGAACUUGAAAUGAUGCUGGAAACUAAAAAUAACACCAUUUCUACCUUGGAGGAAAGUAUUAUUAACAAAGACUGUAUUAUUCAGCAGUUAGAGGAGAAAUCUGAUCAUUCUACAGAAAAUCUAUUGGCUAAAAUUAAUUCGUAUUGUUCUGAAAUUGAGGGGCUAAAAUCAAACGUUCAUGAACUGGAAGAAAUGCUCAAAACCAAAGAUACAACCAUUGUUACCUUGGAGGACACUAUUACCGACAAAGAUUGUAUCAUCCGGCAGUUAGAGUGUAAAACUAAUGUCUUGACUUCAUACAUGUCUUUUCUCACAAAACACAUCGAAAAUGUCACCAACAACAACAACAUGCUCUUUUUGCAACUGAAAGAAAAAUGCGACAGAGUUAUCCAGCUAGAGAACCACUUGCAAGGUGUCAAAAAGAAGUUUGGAAAAUUUGCUGAUCAGAAAGAUACUGAACUGGACAUUUCAAACUUUUUCUACAACUUAUUUGAUAUGGAAGAAGAUUCAUCUGAAAAUAAUACCUCUACAUCACUUCCAUCUGAGCCUCUAAACCAAAGUGUUGCCAACGUUCUCGCAACUCCCAAAUCCUUCUUAGAUUUCUCAAUGUGCCUUAAUAAUCUCUUCGCAACCAAUUCCGUAAGUAGCCGCUCAGUAGGUUUAGACUCAUGGUUGAAUGAGACCUCUAACUAUUUCCACCAGCUUUUUGAAUCUGUGCACCAUAAUGAUUCCACGGCUGAUGCAAUCCAAGAUAGAUCACUUGCCGAUGCCACCGACUAUUUCAUCCAUAAUCUCUUCAAGGCACCAAGCGCAAAAUUCCCUGAUGCAUCUUUGAAUGGUACAUGUGUUUCUGAUCAAACCUUUGAUACCUCUAAUUAUUGGUAUACUUUAUUUGAUUCUUUCCAAAGCAAAAUGAACAAGUCACAAAUUGACAAUAGCCAGCUAAACACUACUAAUAUGUUUGGUAAUCUGUUCAAAUCUCGCAACUCUUUAAGUAACUCUCUCAACGAAACUGCAAAAACUCCCAGCAAAAGCAAUCUCAGUCUCUUAUACCAUUCUCAAGCAAAGCAUGCAGAUCAGUCAUUGAAUUCAUCUGAUGCUGUCAACUUGUCAGUGUUCAAGAAUAUGAAUGAGCACCAAUUUAGCUUAAGUGAAAGCAUGGAAAAUCAGCUUUUAACCAGCUAUGAUGCCUCAUCAAGAGAAAAUUCAAAAGCUGAACUAAUGAAAUCGAAUAUCGUACAACCUGAGAUUGCCUUAUGCGAUGGCACAUUAAAUUCAUCUGCAAUGUUCAAUGGCAAUUACACUUGUUCAGAGGAUCCACUAAAGUCAUUCUGUGCCGACUCAACUCUCAUUGAAGGCUCCUCUGGUUUCCUGAGUGAAACACUGGCAACAGAAGAAAGUGAGUAUGAUCUUCUUAUGAGCCCUCAGUCUCUCCUGAAGAAGAUUGUGAAUUUGAAGAUUUUGCUGAAUCAGUUCGAGAAUGGCGUGGAGGAAAUUUCUGGGCGCAAGAUUGACAUCAGUAGCUCCUCUGACCCAUUUGUCUGUGCUUUUAAUGUUUUGAUGAAGAGCUAUCGGUCUGCCUAUGAUGUCUUGAAGAGUCUUAUUAAAUCUUUUAAUCUAGAUAACUUAGUACCAGAAGAGUUAGAAAUCCCUAUCCAGGAGCCAACAAACUUAACUUCGAAGUAUGAAGCUGUUGAAAAGAAACUCUACGACCUUUCUGUCGACCUGAAUGACGUCACAAGCCUAAUGUCUGGCCUAGAGGACCAGAUAAAUCUUGAAACAGUCGCAUCCAAAACAUUGACAGAGACAAUCAUUCAAAAAGAAUCUCAUCUUCAAGACCUGAAAAACUCAUCAGAAACAUCCCAUGAUGAGCCAGAAGUGCCAGACAACAUUUUAGCCUUGGAAAAAGAGUUAGUGGCUUUGAAAAGUACCCUUAGAGUCAAGGAAGAGAAAAUCAGAGAGCUCUCUUGCAAAAUGGAAGAACUGAAGGAUAAGAAUGUAUCUGAAGUUCAAAGAUGCUGUCAUGAUCUUCAAGCCAAAACUGUUCAUACCGAUGGCAUUUUAAAUGGCUUUGUUGAAGAAUUGGAAAAAAUUGAAAUUGAGACCACCUCCUGGAAGGAAAAAGUCUCCUUCCUGCUGAUGGAACUGAAUAUGCAGAAUUUGCUCCUAACUCAUUCACACAAGUUUGAAGAAAUAGAAAAACAAUUUACGAGCAUUGGCGGAGAUUUUACCGGCCCAAGCCCUAAUACUGUGCAAGAUAUCAAAGAGCUUCUUGUUCGUCUCCUUGAUAGAAAAGCAUACGCAGAAGAAACAUUGUUAGAUCUGCUAAGUGAGGUUGGGGUAUUGAAGUCUGUCAUGGAAUCUAAGGAAACUGGUUUAAUAAAUCAGCUACAAAAGCAAGAAGCAAAAAUCAAAGAACUUUCAGAGUGGAAAAUUGACCAAAUGCGGUCUAAAACUCAAGAUCUGGACCUUGAUUUAAGUGUCAAAGAAGAAUCCUUACAGAAUCUUCUGGAACAAAUUGGUGGCUUUAAUGAAGACAAAGAAUACUAUGAAACUGAAAUGAUUAAAUUCAUGAAGCAAAUUGAUUCCUUGACUGCAGACCUUGAAGACAAAGACGCUGAAAUGAGUUUCCUAAAAGAAGAUUGGCGCGUUAUGCUUGAAGAGACCAAGGAAAUACUCAAGCAGAAUAUGUUAGAAGUUAUCAUUGCAGAAAAAGUGUCUCAGGAGUCUCGCGUGGCAGUUUUGAUUUCCCAGUUGACCGCACUGCAGUCACAGGAAGAAAUGAAUUCACUUAAGCUGCAAGCUCUUGACGAGAAAGAGGCUAACCUUCUGGCUGUUGAAGAGCAGUUGACCAAUGAAAAGGCUUUAUGUGUCAAGUUGAAGUCGCAAGUUGAACAAUUGGAGGGUGACCUUGAAAGACGCUCGCAAGAACUUUCACAGGCUUUGCAAGAAAUUGAUGGUUUAAAGUCCGAAUUAGAAUGCACAGACACCAAGAUCAAGAACUUGCAGUCGGAGGUUGAUAACUUUGAGUCCCUGAAACAAUCAUUGUCUGAACUAAUGGAGAAGAAUUCAUUGCAUCAAGAGAAAAAUGCAGAUUUGUCAAAACAACUGGAAAUUAUGUUAGCGAACAAAAAUGGAAAUGAAACAAAAAUUGAAGAUCUUACCGAGAAGUUGAAAUUUUUGGAGGCAAAUGAAGCUGAGAAUAUAAGGAAGAUUGCUGGUCUUUCUGAAAAGUUAAGCUCCUCUGAGGCAGAAGCGCUUUACAGCAAGAAGCAAGCAGAAAAUUUGGAGGAAGAAUUGAGUGUUUUGAAAGAAAGUAAAGCUCUGUUUGAAUUGAAAGUUACUGGUCUAGAAAAAGAGUUGGCCUUUUUGAAAGAAAAAGAAGGAAAAGGUGUCUUGGAACUGUCAGAUUUAAUGGAAGAGCUUAACACUCUAAAAUUAGAAAAAUCCCAGAUCAAACAAGAAAAUAAUGAACUAGCUGAAAAAUUGGAAAUUUUGAGAGUGAAUGAAGCUGACAUCCAGCAAAAAGUUAUAAAGCUCGAAGAGACGUUAAAAAUUUCUGAAACAAAUGAAGCUGAAAGUAAAGUGAAAAUCGUGGAGCUAGAAUUAGAGGUAACCACUCUGAAAUCAAACGGAGAGGAAAUAAAGCAACAAAUUAUAGAUCUCAACGAAGAAUUGAGUGCAUCAAAAAUGAAAGAAGCCGAGGUCGAACAGGAAAAUGUCAACCUAGUUGAAGAAUUGAAAGUGUUGAAAGACAGUGAUGGCCAGAGCAAACUGCAAAUCGCAAACUUAGAGGAAGAAUUGAGCAUUUUGAGAGCAAGUGAAGCGGAAAAUAUUUCGAAAAUCUUACUUUUAGAAUCAGAGUUAUCUGCUCUGAAAGUAGAUAAAACUGAAAGCGGAAGGCAAAUUGCUGAAUUAACUGAAGAGCUAAACACUAUGAGAAACCUCGCUCAAAGCAAUUCCGGAGUUGCAGAUAUAGUUGAAGAGCUAAACACUCUCAAGAAAGACAAUGAGCAAUUAAAUGAAACCCGCUUGGAACAACUUGAAAAGAUGCAGGCACAACUUGUUAAAGUGGAAGAACAGCUCAAUGACAAGGUGUCAAUUGCAGCAGAGCUAGAGUCCAAAUUGCAAAGCAUAGAGGCGGACAGAAAGCAGUUUGAGGAUAGAGUCAACCAAAUGAUGGAAGAAACAGACAAGCUGAAGGAAGAGUCCAAGAUUCUAGCCAAUUUAACAGAGGAUAAUAGCGUCAAAGAGCAGUGCAUUAAAGAUCUGACGAGCCAACUUGAAGCGCAGAAAGAGGCAGCAGAGGAAAGACUGGAAGAGGUAUGCUUGAAGCUGAAUGAAACUGAAUCAGAAUUAGAAGAGAAGCAAAUGGCCUUGGACAGUAUUCAAAAGAAGUAUGAAGCUUGCACCGCCGAGAAGGCUCACUUGGAGAAAGAGUUGAAGGCUCUGCAAGAAGUGUCAUCAACUCUUGCUGCAGUGAAAAGCGACCUAGCCAAACUGACCGAAGACAAUGCAGCCAAAGACAAGCGCAUUGAAGAGGCAUUAAGUCAAUUACGCAACUUUGAAAUUGAGAAAAAGCAGAAUGUCCAUUUACCGGAGGUAAUGGAACAGACAGAGUUAAAGCUCGCCAAAACGGAACUUGAAUUGAAGGAAAAGGAACAACUUGUAUCAGAUUUAGAGGAGGACAAAAAAUACCUUGAAGAGGCCUUGAUGAAGUUGAUGAAAGAAGUUGACAAUUUGAAGGCACAAUCAGAUUCCAGUAAGCAACGAGAAGAAGGAAAGUCUGCAGAAGAAAAUAAUGAGUGCACGGAAACUGACAAAGAUGAAAAAUUAUCAGGACAUCUGUCUGCCCUUCACAUGAAAUUGGACGAUGAGGAAGAGCUAAUUUCACACUUGAAAGAUAAGCUCAAUAAAUUAUCUGUUGAGAAGAGUGAAAAAGAAGCUGAAAUAUCAAUGCUUUUAGAGAAAUUGGAUAACUAUCAGGCCAAAGUUGAAAACCAGCUUAACGAAAUCGACAGACUAACAAAGGCCACUCUUGAUCAGCAAUGCCAAACCCAACAAAACGGGCCUCUGUCAAUAACAGUCCUCAGCGAAGACAUUUCCUCUAAGCAUGAUGAUGAGAUUAAAAGGUUACUUCAAGAGAUCUCUGCUCUAUCUGAAGCUAACACCAAACUUAAAGUUGAGCAAGCUGUGCUCAUUGAGGAGAAAUCAGACGAGAUGAAAAAUCUAGAAAAAAUAAUUUCAGAUAAAACUGAAGAACUCGCUCAAGUCUUGUCUGAAGUGGAGGCCAGUAAACAACUUUCAACAGAGUCUAAAGUUGAGGUAGAAAAAAUUAAGAUGGAAAAUAAUGAAGCCUUAGAAAAGAUGGUCAUGCAAGUCAAGGAACUCACAGAAUCGGUUCAUGAGAAAUCUGCUGUAAUUGAAAGCCUGAAAAGUGAAGUUGAUUGCCUAACACAAAAAUUGAGAUCUUUAGAGACAGACUUCAGCGUCAAAACGGAGGAAGCCUCAAAGUUACAAGAAGAACUCGAAGGAAAGUCAGUGGAAAUGCAUUCAUUAGAAAAAGAAGUAACUGAAAUGAAAGAAAGUCUUGCUAAUCUUGAAAAUGCAGAAAAUCAGUCAGAGAAACUAAAAUUGGAAGUGAAGACAAAUGAAGAGAUGGUAGAAGUGUUCAAGAAUAAAAUGCAUGCACUUGAAGAAGAGAUUCGGUUUAGAAAAUCUGAAGAGGAAACCUGGACGCAAAAAUUCGCUGUGCUUCAUGAAGACAUAGACAACAAAGUGGUAGAAAUUGAAAAGUUGAAAAAAGAGGUCGACCAGCUGAGUCAAUCCAAAAAUGCAUCCAUCUCAAACCAGGAAAGUAAGCCACACCCAUUUGAGUCCCCAGUAAAAAAUUCCGACGAAUUAAAAGAAAUACUGGCUGCCAAACAACAGCUUAUCAAAGAGAUCCAGUCACUGAAACCUGAGUACCAAGCGGACAAAAUCCCUGUCCCUUGUCUAGUCCAGGAGCUGAUGACCACUAUCAUGGAAAAACAGAGAGAAAUCUUCACUCCAAUCCUAAAUGAAUCCGAAACAUUGAAAAAAGAGAAUCAAUACUUCAAAUCGAAGGAAAAUGACACCAAAAAAUGGAUUGAUGAUUUGGAGCAGGAGAACACGAAACUUCAAACUUCUCUUAAACAGAAGGAGGUGGAAAUAUCUGUAGCUAGUGAGAAGUUGUCCAUUCUGACCCAAAAACUGGAAAAUGAAUCAGACGUAGUAGCAACUCUUCAGUCACAGCUGGAUUCUAAAGUUGAAGGCAUUGCAGCAUUAGAGCUGCAAGUAGUUGAGCUGAAAGAAAUGACUUCAACCCAACAAACAGAAGCUGAGUUGAAAUUACAAGAUAGUGAGAUCAAUAAAUUGAACUCAGAAUGCAAUGAUCUGCGUUGCAAAUUACUCAAAGAAGAAGAUACUGUUGUCUCUCUACGGAAAUUAAUUGAAGAAAGAACCAUGAAGCUUACAGAAUUGAAUGACGAGUAUGUAAAACUAAAGGGAGAACUAGCCGAAGUUCAACUCAAUAAUGAGUCUUUGAACAAAAUCAUUACAUGUAAAGAUGAUGAAAUCAGCGUUCUCAAAGAAAAAUUAGAGCAGAACAUCCUCAACAUCGGUGAGGCCAAUGAGGUAAAAGAUAAAUAUAACCUCUUGGUCAAAUCAAAAGAUGCUUUAUUGGCAGAAGUUGCAGCCUUGCAACAAGAAAUUAAUGAUAAAACGGAGCAAAACUCGUUGUUGGCUGAUCGAUUGACCAAAAAAGAAGAAGAAGUUUCUAAUUUGAUCAAAACUACAGAAGAGAAGACAUCUCAGAUUGCCAGCUUGACAUGUGCCAUUGAUGAUAAAAAAUCUAUCAUCGAUCAGCUGGAAGCAUCGCUAGAACAAGAACGCUCUAAAAUGAACAUCCAGAAGGAUAGUAAUGCUGAGUCUGAAAAAAUCAAAUCAUUAAAUACUGAAAUCAAGAGUUUAAAGGAUGCCCUGAGCAAGCACAAGUUGGAUCAGGAAGCCUCUAAAGGUGAGAUGAACAAACUUAAACAGCAAGUAAACUCACUGUUGGAAGAGAUCAAGUUAAUGGAAUCAAAACUCCAGAUUGAAAAGAACCGCACUGCGAUCCAAGUCUCAGAGGUGAAGGUCCUUGAAGAAGAGAAGAAAAAAAUCUUGACGAGUUUGCAACAGCUCCAGGAAGAGAAAACUUCACUAGCAAACCGCCUUGAAAAACUACAGACAAGCUUCGAAACCUCCAUCUGUUCCCCCUCUUCAGAAUCCAAAAAAGCUGACCCCACUUCAACGCCCAUCAUGUUCAAGCGUAGCAAGCAAUGCGAGAAACUGAACCGUAAAAAUGCUUCCCUCGAAAAAAAAAUGGAAAAUCUCAUGGAAAAAGAGGGCAAGCUCAAGGAGGUGGAAGAGUCUCUGAGGGCUCUGCUACCCUCACAGAGUCCUAGCACACUUCCUGCCAUGGUGUCCCUGCUGAAACAGAAACUAGAAGGAGCUGACGGAAGUGCAGCCCGUGUGUCAAGAGAGCUGUUGGAAAAGGACAAAAAAAUUGAAGAGCUGGCAAAAAUUAUCGAUCACAACAAAGAGAAGAUGACUGCUCUUAAUGCAGCGCUAAAAGAAAGUGAAGACAAGCGGAAAACGUUGGAUGAGGAAUGCGUGCUGACGUGGCAACAGUGUGUCUCACUCGAAAAAGACUAUGCUGAGGCCUUGCGGCGCGAAGGUGAGCUCAAACGCAAACUGCAUGAAUCGACAACUAUUUCAGAGUCUGUUCUGGCCGAGGGCGACAUGGCAAAACUGAAAGAUGAGAAAAACGCUCUUAUGAAGGAGAACCAAGAGUUGGUCGGGCAGCUGCGUAGUGUAAAGAAUGAGAAGCGGCAGAUGGUGCAAGACUUUUACAGGGCAAAGGCAAAAGUCAAGGAGUCAGAGGCAGAAUUAGUACAGCUGCGGAGCCAAGUUGAAGCGCUAGAAAAAGAGAACCAUGCACUGGACGCCAAGAAUAGCAGCCUGAAGGCACAUCUUAUCCAGGUUACUGAUGAAAAGGAAAACUUGAGCACCAACUUGAAUGUGCUUCUCUGCAAGUAUGAUAAGCUGGAGACCGACAAAAAUACAGCCACUGAUGAUCAGCUGUCAAACCUGAAGAGUCAAAUCCAGAAAUUGAAAACUGAACUAGCUGACAAGACUGCAAAAAUCACAAUGCUGGAACUGCAAAUCCAGAGUGAAAACUUCCCAUACCGUGGCAAAGUUGCUGAAUUGGAAACAAAUCUUGCCAGCUACAAGAAGAAGUGCGAGGAUCUUCGAUCCCAGCUGAGACGGUACCAGGCAUCCAUUCAAGAGUCAACACUGCACGAAUGCCCUCAGUGUGUCUCACGGCGAACCAAGACCAAGUCGGAGAUCGGAGUCCAGACAAUGGCCACUUUACAACUAGAUGGUGAAAUGAGCUCCAUCGUUCAGAACAAUGCCGAGGCUGUAAUGAAGGAUCGUGUAAAAAAACUGGAAAGAGAACAUGAAACUAUGAAACGGCUGUGUCGUAUGCGAGCUAGCAAAAUUUCAACUCUAGAACAAUACAUCAAGCAGAACAACUUGCCUGUUCCGGACAGCAAAGAGAAUCCUGAAUCAGCAUCUGCGCGAGCAGCAAAAACAGUAGAGAAAGAAUCAAGCUUCUCUUCAAGGCGAGUCUUGACGGAAAUUCCAGGAGCAAACUUAAAAUUUUAAGACAUCGUUGAAAGUUUCGGCAGAGCUUGGAGACAGAAGAAAUGUUUUCUCAUCAUCACUCCAACCAAUAGAUUAGUUAUGCAUUGAAAGUGUUCGCUUUUAACUUUGUCACGUCCAUCUGAUCAUCAUAGGCUUUUUCUUGAACAUUCAUCAAUGAAUGUCGCGGAUCUACCUGUAAAAUUAUCUUGUUUCCUUAUGUAUAGUUCAUCAUCAGCAGUUUUCACUAACUUGCUUCUUAAUAUUCCUUCUCUCUUUCUUUAAAGUGUCUUAUGUUUCUUCUUAAUGCUCAAUUCUUCUGCCCACCUACUAUUUUGAUGCAUUAUAGUCUCUCACCCAGUGAUCUUAGUAAUGUACCUUAUCUCAAAUAUAAUUUUAAUAUUCCCUAGGUUUAUUUUUCAUUUGCAUCCUCCUAUCUAGGAGACCAUUUUUAAUGUGAUGUCUUGUGAAAUGCUUGCUGUAAAUAAUCGUUUAUUUUUAUACUUUUUAUACUAAUAUUUAUGUGUAAUAUUUAAAGUACUAUUUUUUACUGUGAUUAGGAUCCCAUCAACGCUCUAUACAAGUAUCAUUAGUCAGAUUUGUGAAGUUCCAAAACUUCUGAAACAUGAUUGUAUUAAAGUUUAAGCAUUUUCUACUCAUUUUUAAUAAAUUUGUGUUCAACUUGAGAAGACUCUUUAAUUACAAGCUGUGUUUUCAGAUUGUCAGAAUUAUUUUACUUCGUAAUUACAUUUUUAUCUGCAAGUAAAUACUUAGUUGCUGAGCUUGUACUCAAUUUAUCAACUGAAGACUCGCAUAAAGGUCCACAGUUUAGAUGAAAAUUUUGACCGAGGAGCUUGCCUUUUGAAAGCGGGUUUUACGAUGAAAUCAAAUAAUUUUUCAAAGAACAGCUUGUUGUUCACUUUAUUGAAAUAAUCGGAUUUUUGUCUUGUGUGUCAUAUUUUGAAACAUGAUCCAUUUUUAUCAUGGUGGCAAGACUCCUCUAACUGAAAUUUCUAUGAAAAUAUUGUAUGCACCAUGUACAAAAUAAGUAAUUGAAGAGCUCACACUUUAA